AUGCGUCACUUCGACACCUGGGUCCUCCGUGAUCCCUACUCCAUCUGGCACUACUAUCCAACCGGCCAACGCUGGCGCGACACUGUCCGCGAUUUAAUUCAAUCGCGUGCCAUCUGCUCUCCAGAGAACAACCUCAGCCCACCCAUAGACUGGACCUGCAAUCCAACACCAACCCAAUUCCAAUUCCAAUCCCAGCAACAAUCCCCCCUCCUCCGUCUCCCCGCCGAAAUCCGCGAAAUAAUCUGGUCCUACGUCCUCACCAACUCCCCAACCCCAAAUACCAAAAACCCCCAAACCAUCCACUUAGUCCAACUAAAAGGCAAAAUCCGCCAUGUUCGCUGUCCAACCCCGACCCUAGUGCCAGUCGCUCCAAAACACCAACAAUCCCAAUCCCCAAACCAGCCCACCCAAUCAGAUCAGCCAAACCCCUCCCUAACUCAAAACCGCCACUGCUGCCCCACAACCCCAGCCCGCUGGCGUAUCUACGAUGGCCGUGUCGCAGGCCACAGCGAUAGACUCCUCUACCCACACACCCACUCCGAUCUCCCCUCAACUCUAAGCAAUAGCCACAGCGCCCUGCUCCGCGUUUGUCGAAGUAUCUAUUUUGAAGCAGAGACAAUCCUGUACAAAGGCUCGCAUUUUGAUGUUGACGAUUUAUACACUUUCAUUGCAUUUGCAGCGUCGCUGUCGUCUGUUGCACGUGCAGCAAUCUCACGAUUGACUGUGCAAUGGAUGCCGAUCUGGGUGCCGAUGGCUGGACUCGAUCAUAAAGGGUCUAUUUAUGCGCAUACGCAUAGUGAUGAGCUCUGGGCUAGAUUUUGGAAGAGUGUGGCCUCGUUGGACGGGCUGAGGGAGUUGGGGUUGAGUUUGGAUUUGGGGAGGUUUACUAGUGUUGUUGCGAGUACGGGGGAGGCAAGUAUUUCGGGGCAGAGGAUUCCGUUUGGGAUUAAGGAGGAAUGGGUGAAGCCCAUUCUUAGGAUUAGGGAGUUGAAGGUGUUUGAAUUAGCGGUUACGGCGAGAUGUGAUGUGCUUGCUAAGGGGGUUAUUGAGGGGGAGUUGGUUAGGGAUGUUGGGCUUUUGAGGGAGGAAUUGAGGGGAGUAUUGUGUGCGCCGAGGGAGAGGAGGGUGAAGGGGAUGAUGAACAAGAGGAGGGUUAGAUUGGCUAUUACUGCUGCUUGA